UUAUCCCUCAUUUACAAUCCCAAACACCCGUCAACUCCCCACCUCCCUCCUUCUUCCUUCUGCUCCAUUAAACCUGCAAAAAAAAAAAGUCGUUAUCGAAAGAACCUAAUCGAAGCAAAAGGAGACAAGGUCAUACUUUAAAGUCGAAAUGGUGUACGUAAUGUGGCAGAUCAGACCAAAAAAUGAAGUUGUCGACGUAUCAUCCUUAUAUGCGGGUGCACCCACAUGGUUUAGUAUUAAGCUUCAUCAUGGUGGGAAGUUUACUAAGUUACCUGACAUAAAGUAUACUGGAGGUGAAGUGCGUUAUGUUGAUUAUGUGGACAUAGAUGAGUUUUCUGUACAUGAACUUGAUGCCAUAAUGCUUGACCUAGGUUACCCAGACCCACGGAUGAUUGAAUUGAGUGUUGAAUCCCCAGUGAUAUACUACCAUUUCAGGAUACCCAAUGGUGACUUUCAAUUUGGUCUUAGAGCUUUAGGGAAUGAUCAGGAUGUUAUCAAUCUUUCUAAAUUUAUUCAAAAUAACAAGUUGAUUGAAGUGUACACAGAACAUGGGAAGACAAAUCUACUCACAUACUUCAUGUCUCCAAAUGCAAAGGGUAAAGUUGUCAUUGAGGAAUUACCAGAAAAUGAUGAUCAAGGGCUAAAUAUGAGGCUGAAGUUCAUGUAG